AAAACCCCCACCCACCAACAAACAGCCCGAGCAGCAGUACGUACGAUGGCAAAGCGAAUCGAAGAGAGCGAUGACAGCGGGAGCGCUAGUGAGAGUGGCAGCGGCAGCGGUAGCGACUCUGGAAGUGGUAGCGACUCCGGCAGCGACUCUGGCAGUGGUAGCGGUAGUGAAAGUGGCAGUGGGAGCGAGAGUGGCUCGGGCAGUGGGAGCGAUAGCGGCAGUGGCAGCGAAAGCGAGAGCGCAGACGAGAAACCCAAGAAGGAAAAGUCACCAGCCAAGGGAAAGGCUGCUGCGAAGGCCAAAUCGGCGGCGAAACCUGCCAAGAAGAAGUCACCGUCCAAGCCGACGAAACCGGCGGUGAAGAAGACGGCGGCUGGCAAGAAGGUCGUCGUGGACGACGACGACACGUCCAAGAUCGAAGAGAUCGACCCCGAGCGCCUCAAGGGAUUGAACGAAGUGGAAAAGGAGGCGCUGAUGCUGGAGCAUUACGAAUCCCAAGCCAAGAAGAGCAAGGACGUUGCGCUCAAGAAGAAACUCGAGAGCGAGAAGGAGGCGUUGGACGACGAAGUGUCGGGGCGUCGGCUGCGCAACCGAGACACGGACAGCCGCAAGUCGGCGCUGUCGAACUUGAAGUCGAUCAAGCAAGGCGACAAGAGCUCCAAGUCUAUCUUGAGCAAGCGAUUUGGCAACGACGAUGGCAACCACUCGGAUUAUGACGAAGGAGACAACAACCGCGACGACCUCGCCGAGAAGCGCCGUCGCCGAAAGGAACUGCAGCGCGCGUCGGCCACGGAAGCCGCCGCGUCGUCGUCCGCCACCGCAUCCGACAGUCGAAGCAACAAGCUCAGUCACGACGCGCACCAUCCAGACCAGGUGGAACUGCAAGAACCGGAAGUGUCUGGCCCUCUGGAGUAUCGACAUGCGUUGGCGUACCUGUUUAAAUCGCGCGAAUGGUUUGAAAAGAAUUUUUUCGAGCCAUUUUUCGACAAGUUGGUGCAAGGGACGUAUGUGAAGAUUGCGAUCGACGACAACGUCGACGGCGAGCGCGUGUACCGGUUUUGCCAGGUGUCGCACGUGUGCAAUGUGGAGCGCUCGUACCCGUUCGCGGGUGAGAAGACCAAGAAGGGAGUCAUGCUAGUGUACGGCAAGAGCAAGCGGACGUCCACGCUCGCGGCCUUGUCCAACCACAGACUGCAGGAGCGCGAGUUCGAUCUGUGGCGACUGUACCUGGAAAGCCUCAAGAUGACCGUGCCUACAAAGGAAAUGGCCAUCAAGCAGUACAACGCGAUCAAAGAGAUGCCGUCGCGGCACAAGUACACGGACGAACAGGUGACUGUGAUGGUGAAUCGCAAGCGGGCAAGUGGCAAGAGCCAAGUGUCGUUGGGGGUGGAGAUUGUCCGGCUGGAGCGGGAUGUGGCGGCGGCCAAGACGGCCAACAACUUUGACAAGUCGAUCGAGUUGGAGGCGCGGCUGGCGCAGAUGCAGCAUGCGAACGAGCAGCGUCUGGCGGUCAAGACGGAGGACGUGGUGCGCAUCAACGAGAUCAACAAGCGCAACCGAGAGAUCAACAUGAAGCGAGACAUGGACGCCGGCGCGUCCAACCGCGCGCAGAUGGACAACAUGUCGGCGGCUCAAAAGCUGCAGUACGUACGGGCGUCGGCGUCGCGACGCAUGUAUCUGUCCAAGGACAAGAUCGACGUCAACUUGGCGGAAGGCAAGCUGGUCAAGCUGCCAGACGGACGCAUCAUGACGGUCAACAAAUUGGUCGAGGUGGAGGCCCUUCCGGACGACAUCAUCCCCGACAACAAGAAGAACAGCAAGGAGGAAGACGUGCUCGUGAAGAUGGAGCGCAAGCGAAAGGCGCAGGAACUGGCGGUAGUCGAGACUCGCGUCAACUCGGUGGAGAUUGAAGGGGACGGCACCGACAUCGCCAACAAAACGAUUCGCUUCAUCGACGACGACGGAACGUGGACGACGAUCCGACCAGCGGCAGAGAUCCUGCAGGAACAGGAGCUCAAGAAACGCCCGGUCGUGUCGGACGAGGUCAAGAAGACUCGCCGAGGCAUCUCGAUGAAGGAUUACUUCAACCGCGUCAAGGAACGCACGGCGGCCGAAGACGGCGCGUAACCACACGACGCCGACGGAUGUCUAACAUGUAAACACAUGCAUCGCUCGCUGCGACCGGCCAUGUAGAUGCGAAGUAGUAUUGAUGGAUGCAUCCUCGAUAGCACACCUCCAUCAAGAGGAAUGCGUGAGAAUGAAACACGAAGAAGUAUUUAUUGUUUCGA